AAACACACCAAUGGUAUUCCCAUAGUUUUUAUUAAAAUCCGGAACGUUUCACAGCUAAAUUGUUAUGGCCAGACCAUUUCGAAUCGCCCUCGAUUACGCCCUACAUGUAUGCGAAUCUGCAAAACCAUGUAUCUCCCAAGCAUGGCAAUACGCCAAAGUAGAAAUGGUACCACCAAUGACACAAGCUUUUUUUCAAGGAAAGGGCGGAAAAAUUAUUGAAACAUUUGCAGCUGCUGUCGGUAAUGGUAUGAUUUCGUCUCUGCGAGCGUUUGUAACCGCUAUUGACGCUGCUGCUGCUCAAAGGAAAAAAGCAUUAGAAAGGGCACUUAAGGAGAAGCAAGAAAAAGCUGUGGCUGAAGCUAAACUAGCGGCAGAAAAAAAGGCCAAAGCUUUAGCUGCUGCAAAAGCAAAACAAGCUGAAGCAGCAAAAGCUCAAGCAGUAAAAGCAAAACCUGCUGAAGAGAAGGGCAGGCCUAAAUCAGCUGAGCCUGCAAAACCUGAUUCUAAAACAGCACCCGCAGCUAAAGCUGCUCCAAAACCAGAUCCAAAAAAACCCGACCCCAAAAAAUCUGAGGUUAAAAAACCUGAGGCUAAAAAGCCUGAGGCCAAAAAAUCAGAGGCCAAAAAACCUGAAGCUAAAAAACCCGCGGCUAAAAAGCCUGAGGCUAAGAAGCCAGAUCCACCAAAAGGAAAGAAGUGUAUGUCUGCACACGCGAAAUCAAUAGUCGGAUCAUUUCGAAGCCGCAUGCAAAUCGUUUAUGAACUAGCAGAAGUAUACAAGGGUGAAGCUUUAAAAAACAGAAAAUUAAGCCAACUUAUGGAGCUUAUUAAAGAGAAGACUGAGCGCGCGGCGAAGUCAGAGUUGGCAGCAAAGCUGCGGGUUGCUAAAGGAUAUUACACGUUGGAAAUGGCGCCCCCAUCAUCUGUAGGUGAACUGAAGAAACUCAAUGAGGAGAUCAGUAUGGUUAGAGAGUUUGUAAGUUCUAAAGGAUACAAAGGCCUCACUGUGAAGCAAGCUUGGCUUUUGUUCCUCGUCGGAAUCGAAGUUGGAUUGUGGUUCUUCUUGGGCGAAACUAUUGGCAAGGCCCACAUCGUUGGUUAUAAAGUGUGCCCUUAA